AAACUCAUUAAUCAGAAGAUGACUGUCACUUAUUCCAGUAAGGUAGCAAAUGCUACUUUUUUUGGAUUUCAUAGAUUACUCCUCAAGUGGAGAGGCAGCAUCUACAAACUGCUUUACAGGGAAUUUAUUGCCUUUGCUAUUCUUUACACGGCAAUAAGUAUGAUGUACAGAUUGUUACUUACAGGAGCCCAAAAACGUUACUUUGAAAAAUUAUCAAUUUACUGUGACAGAUAUGCUGAACAAAUUCCAGUAACCUUUGUGCUUGGGUUUUAUGUAACUCUGGUGGUGAACCGGUGGUGGAACCAGUUUGUCAAUCUGCCAUGGCCAGACAGACUGAUGUUCCUGAUUUCCAGCAGCGUUCAUGGAAGAGAUGAAUAUGGGCGUUUACUCAGAAGAACACUCAUGCGCUAUGUCAAUUUAACUUCCUUGCUCAUCUUCCGCUCAGUGAGCACGGCUGUGUUUAAAAGAUUUCCAACAAUAGACCAUGUGGUAGAAGCAGGUUUUAUGACUGCAGAUGAAAGAAAAUUAUUUGAUAACCUUAAAUCUCCCCAUCUAAAAUACUGGGUUCCAUUCAUCUGGUUUGGAAAUCUGGCAUCUAAGGCCCGAAAAGAGGGAAGAAUCAGAGACAGUGUUGAUCUACAAUCAUUAAUGACUGAGAUGAAUCGGUAUCGAUCCUGGUGCAGUCUCUUGUUUGGCUACGACUGGGUUGGAAUUCCACUCGUCUACACCCAGGUUGUCACUCUUGCUGUCUAUACCUUCUUCUUCGCAUGCUUGAUUGGACGUCAAUUUUUGGAUCCCACCAAAGGCUAUGCGGGACAUGACUUAGAUCUCUACAUUCCAAUCUUUACCCUCUUACAAUUCUUCUUCUAUGCAGGAUGGCUCAAGGUGGCAGAGCAACUUAUCAACCCAUUUGGUGAAGAUGACGAUGACUUUGAAACUAACUGGUGUAUAGAUAGAAAUUUACAGGUCUCUCUUUUGGCUGUGGACGAAAUGCAUAUGAGUCUCCCCAAGAUGAAGAAGGAUAUUUACUGGGAUGAUUCAGCUGCACAACCCCCUUACACACUGGCAGCAGCUGACUACUGCAUUCCCUCUUUCCUGGGAUCUACGAUUCAGAUGGGGCUGUCUGGGUCCUACUUGCCUGGUGGGGAAGAAUGGGUAUGGGAUGAGGAGAAACACGGGCCGAGGCGCUCAGUGAUAAGGAGAGUCAAACGUUUCCUGAGUGUCCACGAACACCCCACGAGCCCAGUGAGACGGAGUUAUGGGAGGCAGGCCAGCGACAGCUCCAUGUUCUUCCCGACGAGCGACCUCAGCCACGUCAGCGGCCUGCUGGACAUCCCUCCCAGAAACCGCCCCCGCGCCACUCGGACCAAGAAGAACCUGAACCGUGGUGACAGCAGCCCGCAGCACUCCAGCAUGGGGGACCUGUCUGUGAUUAGGGAAACCAGUCGGACGAGCACAUUAAGAAGCCUGACCCCACAAUCCAGCGUCAGCCCCUCUCCCACCAAAACGACCCUUCAGGUCCCAGAAGUCUUAAUCACUUCUCCGGAUGUUCCGACGCCCACGUCGGUGGACAGCUGCCAGCAGAGCCCGCAGCUAUCCAUCUCCGACUCGUUGCUUUCAGAAGAACGGCCGAGUAGAACCGAACAGCCGCCUGAUGCCCGCGAUUCCAGCCCGCCCCCUUCCCAACCAACACAGGUCAUUUCGCCUGAAACUGAAGCCCAGAUUCUUGAAUUUGCUUUUGAGAGCAGUGCGGAUGACAAGUACCCAAAGAGAUGGAGCCUCCCAGGAUUUCUGGAGUCUAGUCAGGUCUCCCUCUCAGGACUAAGUCCGGAGCCUCAGUCCGAAGCCCCUGAAACUGUUCUUUUAAUAGACACAGAAACAUCUUCGCAGUCCAGUGGAAUUAACUUUGUGGCCGCCCCUCAGACUCAACCAGAUGUUCAUUAUUUAUUAGAACAUCUGGACACCAAAGAAACAGAUAUCACAGACUUCAAUAAUGAACAACCUGAAGCAUCACCAAAAGAAAUGCCCAAAAGUUCUGGGAUCUGGUUCUAGUUUAAGAUCCUUAAAUAGUUGUCCCUAAAUUUAAAAGGUCAACCUACAGAUCGUUAAAAAAAAAAAAAAAAAAAAAAAGAUAAUCGUUAAAAUCAGGAAGUCUUAAGAUCUAUUAAAACUUUGGGAAGUGGGGGAGGGGGGGAAUCAGAUUUUCUGAAGAAGAAGAAAAUAAGAGAAAUCAAUCAAGAACCAUCUAUUAAGUUCCUGUUGUGUACUAGGUACUGCACCAACUGCUGGAAAUACUAGCAUUUUAACCAAAAACAAAUAUUAUUCAUCACAGAAUUGUUUCCAUAAAAGUUACCCAGGGUUCAGUAUCAAAGCUUUCUAACCAAAGAAUCUGUCCAAACAAAACACUUGCCAUCCUUCUUUUCUUUGUCAUGUCCUUUCAUUGGCUUUCUACUGCCCCUCAAAAAGACAGGAAAGUAGAUUAACUUCUCAAGAUCCCUCCCUACCAUGGCUUUGGGUAUAGGAGGUGCUAUCAAUCUAACCAGACCAUCUUGUACUUUAUUAAGUUUUGCUCUUAUCUCACCCACAUUGUCUCCUAGCUGUCCCAAAAUAAUAAAUUACACCUAAAUGGAAUCAUCAGAGUCUGUAAAGAAGCUACCUGUGUGACCUGAAGCAAAGCACUUAAUCUUAUGGCCUCUGUUUCCUUAUCUGUAUAAUUUGUGUGUCAAACUAGAUGAUCCCUAAGGUUCUUUCCAUUUCUAAAUCUAUUAUCCUCUUAUCUAUAAUCUUCUUACUGUUUAGUAUCUGAUUCACUGUUCAUCUGUUUUCUUCUGCAUCUGCACUCAAAGAAAAAUGCAUUUCUAGCGAUUUUUUU